AACUGUGCACACUUAAUACUUAACCACCAGCUUUUCUAGGAAUUAUCCCCUUUUUUUUCACUGCCAUUAUGACGUUGGCAUUGCUUACUUUUGAGCUUCGACGACAUUAAGCCCCCAGUACUCUCCUAGCUUUCUUGAUUGUCCGGUGGAGAGAGAACAGAAUGCGUCCAAAUCCUGUAAUCCCUGGAGCUGAGAAUGGAGUAGAACUGGAGUCUAAGCGUUAUCCAUCGCCGCUGGCCAGCCAUGAGGAAGUUGUCAAGAACGCUUCUGUUUUCUGGAACACGCUUCGGAUUUUUCAUAAGACUAUGGGCAGAAAACACAUGAUUCCUGUGAUCGGAGGAAAGGAGUUGAACUUGCAUGUUCUGUACGCGGAAGUUACAAAGAGGGGAGGCUUUGACAAGGUUGUAUCACAGAAGAAGUGGAGGGAAGUUUCUUGUGUGUUCGAGUUUGCUCCAACCACGACCAGCGCUUCUUAUGCGCUGAGGAAGCAUUACUGUAGUCUGCUCUUCCAUUACGAACAGGUUUACUUCUCCAGGCUCAAGGCUCCCAUGCUUGAUUCACCAGGUCCUUUGUCCUUCCAAGCUAUUGGAACAAUCGACGGGAAAUUUGAUUGCGGUUAUUUGGUGUCUGUGAAACUGGGUACUGAGGUUCUUAAUGGGGUACUUUACCAUCCAGACAAUGGAGGCCCUUCUUCCUCGUCGACUGUAAAAACCUGCACCGCGAUUGUACCAUACGCCUCACAGCCUCAUCAUUCAGGUCGGAGGAAGAGGAAAAGGAGAGGAGACCCUGGCCGCCCUAAACCCAACAGGAGCGGAUACAACUUCUUUUUUGCAGAGAAACACGCCAUGCUUAUCCUACAUCCGAACAGGGAGAGGGAGUUCACAAAAAUGAUUGGCGAGUCCUGGAACAAUCUUACCUCGAAGAACGGACGUGAGUUACUGGACCUAGUUUACCAAGACUACGGCUUGCAGGACAAAGAAAGAUACAAGCGCGAGAUGAAGGAAUACAAAGAAAGAAUUAAUAUCACGAGUUCUCACUAAAACUCAUCAUGCAACAACGAGAGUUGGAGGCUCUCCGGGGCAGAGUACUAAUUAGAAUUUUAUAAAGCAAGAAUGUACAGUAUACAGCAAACACCAUUCCUACCUGGAACCGCUUGCUUAUUGAAAGCAGUAGGAAUAGGGAAGAACCUCAGUUGAUUUUGCUAGUUUUUUGUACGAAGGGUCCUGGUUUGUUCCGGAUAAGUCCUUUACUCCUUUGCCCAAA